AUGCCCAGUCUUCGACGCGCCGAGGCCAUGACGAAUCCCACGCCGUCGCUCGACGCGAUCGACGACGCGAUCGAGGCGAUCGCCGAGCGCGUCCCGAGCGCGAUCGGGACCCCGCUGGACCUGAGGCAAGCGCGCGAGCGCGCGGGCAGAACGAGCACGGCGAGCGAAGCGAUGGUGUGCGUCCGACGCGCGUGGCUCUCCGCGACGACGGAGCCGUCGAAUCGGUUGACGGAGAGCGAGUGCGCGCAGGUGAUGCGGAUUUUUAACGAGAGCUGGCUCGCCAGGGGGUUGGAGGGGACGGCGGUGAGCGACGGGACGUGGGCGUUUCGGUGCGCGCGCGUGAAUCGCGCGCAGACAAAGCGCAUGUUGACCGAGCUCGCGCAGUGGGCGAGGAAAGGGCUCAAUCCGAGUUUCGUGGAGUCGUGUCGAAGAAUGCGAGAUGAGGUUGUGAAGAAGACGGAGUCGCCGUACGAGACGUACGCGCAGGUUUGGAGGGGUUUGGAGGCGCUGCGGACCGCAGCGACGACCGGGGUGCGCAACAUGGUUAAUGACGGCGCGAGCGUCAUCACGUACGACGACGCGCUCGAGUACGAUAAGGAUUUACAGAAGUGGAUCGAGAGAUGUUGGCGAGAUAACGGGUUGCCGCCGUUGGAUGAGCUUCCGAAACCGAAUGAGCCGUUUUUCGCAAGCGGGAUGGAGAAUGAUGUGGUGGUGACAUUGUCCAAGCGGGCGCCGCCUCGAGACCGCACGCAACUCGUUCAUCCGGCGAUGCCGUUACCGAAAAAGUCCAAGGUAGUUAAGAGUGAAACGCUGAGCGUCACGAAGGUCGAUUCCAACUUUGAAUUGCCUCGUUCAGUGAAGAAGGAGACGCCCAUUGCCUUGCCGCCGCAGGCGGAUGAUUCUGAGGCUGAUAGCUCCGUUCCAGCGACGCGACAGACGGAAAUGAACGUCGUUCGCCACUCUGUGGGCGUCAUGGUUCGAGUGCGGUGCUAUGGCAUGGACGCCGAUGUCGUCAUCAUCCCCCCAUUCGGACUGCAGAAAGGUACGAAGACGAACGGUGAGAUGGCUGCGAUGGUGUUUCGCGAGACUCAAGCAGCCCAACAGGCGAACACGCAGCCCGCAACGCAGUCAGAGAGAUGCGUGCACAAUGAUGGUAAAGCGUGGCGCUGUCCCGCGAGUAGAGUGGACGAUACGCCGUUUUGUUCGAAACAUGGACCGGUGAAGUAUGCGACUUCCGUUCGAGUUCGUCCUGUGUCGUUCACAACUCAACAGGGUCUUGAGGUUACUUACCGUUGCAAGUACGCCCAUCGCUAG